AUGACGAUGACGUACUUCAGUCCGUCUGAGUUCAACGUACUGUGGGCGGACAUACGUAUGUACGUCAACAAGUCGUGGAAUGUUGGGUCCGGUCGGAAGUGCGACGUCUCGAAUCGAGACAUGCUCGUCAUGCUGCUGACAACCAUGAAAACUGGCGGUUCAUGGGACAUUGUGGCAACCAUCUUCAAGGAAGCAAGCCCGACUUUCCAGAAGCGGGUGAUGAACUUUGUCAGAGUGCUCCAUCCUUUUGUCAUGCGUAAGAAUGUCAACGCACUGGCCGACAAAUGGACUAUGCUUCUGCUUUCUACAAGUGGGCAGCGGUUUGCCAACUACCCCUACGCGUGCUACGCAACAGACGUGACCUUCCAGCAGACCAACGUUCCGCCCGACAGCUAUGCCGACAAGAAUGUGUACUACAGUGGGAAACACUCAUUGUACGGUCACAAAGUUGAGUUGUCCGUCUUGCCCAACGGCUUUGCGAUCAAUUGCACCAAGCACUACAAGGGGAGUGUGUCAGACAAGACAAUCUUUGAUGAAAACCUGGAUUUUCACAUGGCCAGCCUUACCAAGCAAGCGAACGAAGAUGGCAUCGAUGAGCCCGACCAUGCAACACGGCAGUGGGCCGUACUCACUGACAGGGGCUACCAAGGCAUCUAA